AUGGACUCGCCAAUCCUUACCCAGCUGCUCCGCCAGCUCUUUCGACAUCCUGCCUGCCAGUCACAACGCCUCACCCGACCAGUGGCCUCGACCGCCACGGUAACAAGAGGCAAAACCUCCACCACAUGUAACAACAGAAGAUGUUUUUCGACCCAACAACGGCGGCCACAGCGUCACCGCCAGCCCCAAGAAUACUCGCGAGGCUCCAAGACGGCCGUACAAAGGGAGAGCCACUGGCAGCAGCGCCAGGACCUGGUAUCGGCCGACCGCUCUGCCGAGUUCGCCUCGUACCCUACCGUGACGGCUGCCGAGCUGCAGCACCGCCAUGAGCGGCCGCGCAAGGUCAAGAUGCUCACGCGCGACUUCAUCCAGGACAGCCUGUACAACCCAAACUAUGGCUACUUCUCCAAGCAGGUCGUCAUCUUCAGCCCGGGGGAGCCCUUUGACUUCCCCGCCCUCCGCGACGAGAACGACUUCCACUCGCUCCUGUCCCAACGUUACACCGACUUUGAGGACGACCUGGACAAGACGCAACCCUCGGACACGCGCCAGCUGUGGUUCACCCCGACGGAGCUCUUCCGCCCUUACUACGGCGAGGCCAUCGCCCGCUACCUCAUGGCCAACUACGUCCUGACAUCAUAUCCGUACCACGACCUCAUCAUCUACGAGAUGGGCGCAGGGCGCGGCACCCUCAUGCUGAACAUACUCGACUUCAUUCGCGACACGGAGCCGUCCGUCUACGACCGCACCAAGUACCGUAUCAUCGAGAUCUCGUCCUCGCUGGCCGAGAUGCAGAACCGCCAGCUGCGCUCCUCGGCCGCCGCCCGUGGCCACGCCGACAAGGUCGAGAUCAUCAACCGCUCCAUCCUUGACUGGGCCCAGCCCGAGCCUAGCCCCUGCUUCUUCCUCGCCUUUGAGGUCUUUGACAACUUCUCCCACGACUGCAUCCGCUACGACCUGGCCACCGAGCAGCCCAUGCAGGGGACCGUCCUCAUCGACCAGCGCGGCGACUUUUUCGAGUUUUACGAGCCCAGGCUCGACCCCCUGGCCGAGCGCUUCUUUCGCGUCAGGCACGCAGCAACCGGGGGCCGCUACGAGACCCCUUACCCGGCCAACAGGCUGCUGCGCAAGCUCAAGCUCGGCAUGCCCUUUGCCCACAACCUCAGCAAGCCAGAGUACAUACCGACCAGUCUGAUGCAGUUCUUCGAGGUCCUCGACCGCUACUUCCCCGCCCACCGCCUCGUCACGAGCGAUUUCCACUGGCUUCCAGACGCCACCCCGGGUCUGAACGCGCCGAUCGUCCAGACGCGGUAUCAGCGCCGCCCCGUGCCCGUGACGACACCCCUGGUACAUCAAGGCUACUUCGACAUCAUGUUUCCGACCGACUUUACCGUCAUGGAAAAAAUGUACCAGGCCAUCACCGGUAGGCUGAGCAGGGUCUUGACCCAUGAGGACUUUAUGCGCCGCUGGGCCUACGUCGAUGAGACUCGUACCAAGAGCGGCGAGAACCCGAUGCUGAGCUGGUUCAAAAACGCCAGCGUCAUGACAACAUUAUAA